UGGUAUAGGACUGGUGUGUGUUUGGACGCACUAUCUGUUGUUCUCACUGAUCGCCUGGACCAAAGGUGUAUUGGGAUGUUAGCUUGGUAAUGAAGUGUGAUGAAUUUUUUAUACCUUGACACAACAGGAAGAGGCUGACAUAGGAUCUUCGGCGCAGAAUUAAUGAAGUACAGCCUGAUGCUGUUUGAAUAAUUCCUGUAUUUGUGUGUUUGAGAAUUUUCCAGGGGAGUCUAUUACAAGAGACAUUUCAUUGCGUCCUGUCCUCAUCAGGACCAUUUUCUCUCCCAUUUCAGAGGAGCCGAGUUUGAAUGGGUGCGAAUCAUCCGUGACCUACUAUUAUCAUUUGUCCCACCCCCUCUGGCUACCACAUCCAAUGGUGGUGUUGUGUGUGUAUUCAUCUGUGUGUAUAGUUUGUCCAUUGAACACAUAGUGGUAAAACAGUGGUUAAUUCUCUGGACAGAAACACUUGACUGGAACUGUAGUGAAUACCAACACUCAUCCAUGAUUAGGAUUAUGAUGUAAUGCAAUUAUUUCCAACAAAUUGUUCUCAUUGCCAUCUUGUUUUUGGACUGGUCUACCUGGAACUUAUAUGCGGAUAUUGAAUGUGAAUCUGGUCACGUAGUACAUCAUUAAUUAAAGAUCAAAAUGUAAUUUCAAUUAAAUUCUUACCAGAAUAUUUUUCUUUCCAUUCUAUGUGGACGAGCAGACGUUGAUCUGAGAUUUGAGAUGUGUGAUCAUCUAGUGGAGUUGAUCAGCUGCCGUAAUACGGGAUGAGGAGUAAAAUGUGGAAAAUCGUUGAAUUCUGGGAUGUACUGCUAUGGAGUUGGAUAUUUAUCACUACUCUAGCAGAGGUUGCCAUUCAGAUUCCGCCUACCAACAAAGAAGCCAUCCAAGGCGAUACCAUCAAGUUCAUUUGUAAGGUUCAUCCUGAUGUCCACAACUUCCACAUGAAAUGGAAACACAACAGUGUCCUUAUAGACAUGUCCUCAAAUGUGGAAAAAUAUCAUGAAAUGGACAGUGGUCAAACUUUCAUCAUUCGGAAUGUUGACCGUUAUGACACUGGGACGUACACGUGUGUUGCCACAUCAGGGAAUGAUAAAGACAGGGCAUCUGCAACAUUGUCCAUUAAAACUACUCCAGAACCACCAUCAAGAGUGGAAAUCGUAGCAUGUUCUGGUCACAUGGUCGACCUAUCAUGGGAAGCCGGAGAUGAUGGUGGCUCCAAAAUAAUAUCAUAUCUAACACAAUUCAAUACAUCUGACAAUCCAAACUUUUGGAAUAAUUAUUAUGAGGAAAUUCAGGGAGAUCAAACAACAGGUAUUGUGAACUUAUCACCGUGGGGAGAAUACUCGUUUAGACUGUUAGCGAGGAAUAGUAUCGGGUACAGUGAGCCCAGUCAACCUACACAUGCGACAUGUAUAACACCACCAGACCAUCCAGAUGGCAAUCCUAGAAAUGUCCGCACACUCACGCAUAAGAAGAAAAAGCUGAUCAUCGCAUGGAUGCCAAUGCCAAGACUGUACCAUAAUGGGCCAGGGUUUAAAUAUAUAGUUUCCUGGCGACCCAAAGGGAGCACAUACUGGAAUGAAAAAGAAGUUCGAAAUGCAAAUGCUAAACAAUUGGAAAUAGAUGUAACAGACAUAUAUGGCCUUUACGAGAUUAUGGUAAAGUCUGGAAAUGAUAUAGGAGAUUCUUUCCAACCUCCGUUCAUCAGACUGGGUUAUUCUGGCGAAGCAGAUCCAAUAGUUUCUCCAAAAGAUUUUCGACUUGAUCCAACACAGCCAAUAGAAGCACAUACAGCAAAUUUUAUCUGGGAGUCUGUAGAUACAUCCGAGGAAAAAAUACGUGGAAAAUUCAGAGGAUAUAAAUUACGAUAUUGGAAGUCCAGUGAAGGUCGACAUAAAUGGAAGGAAGUGGAUGUAGUUGUGGAAACAACAGAGGGCUACCAGUUACCAGAUGUGCGAGCAGCCAUUGAUGGACUUCCUGCCUAUACUGCUCUGAGGGCCCAGGUGGCUGUGAUGAACGGACACUACACUGGAAUGCCAAGUCAAACCAUAGACUUUAAAACACCAGAAGGAGUGCCAGGUCCUGUACGGAAACUGCAUGUGGAAAAACGAGGCAAAAGCUAUAUUCUCUUAAAAUGGCUGCCACCUGAUGAACCAAAUGGCAUCCUGAAAGGAUAUGACAUAGGCUACCAGCCGGUGAUUGGUGAUAAGUAUGGCCCGGUGAAGUCCCUGAAACCACAGAUCACAAACCCAUCAACUUUAGGGGCUCGUAUCCGGGGUCUUCAAACCAAUCAUAACUACAGGUUCUAUGUCUGGGCUCGGACCAAGACCGGGAGAGGAUCGCCUGUCUUCAUGGAAGUUAAAACAGCCGAUGGCUCUAUCCCUGUUAUACCUAACCCAAUAUUAUCGGCUGUGGAAUCUACGAGUAUCAACAUCACAUGGACAGCCAUGGUGUAUCGAGAGAAAGAUAUUCAAUAUCUUCUCGAAUACAGACCCGAAGGACAGUCAGAUUGGCACAGCACGGAUACCGCGGAUGGCAGAUCAUGGAAAUAUCUCAAUGGUCUCCUCCCGAACACUAAAUACGAUGUACGCUUAGUUGCAAUGAACAGGGUUGGGGCAACAAAAUAUGGCAAAAUUUUCUCCAUAGUAACUACUCCUAAACAAGGAGGAGGGAAUGACUACAGUUACGAUGCCUCAAAUGGACAACUAGCUAGCAUACACCAGCCGGGGAGUAUAGCGUCUCGGACACAAAACCUGGCGUUCCUCUUACAAAUCGUGCUGACACUACUGACAUUCCUGUUCGUGUUCCACUAGAGAAUUCUGUGAUAGAUUCUUAUUUCAAUAUUUUUGUAAAAACUAAACUUAAUAGGUCAUCCUUUCUGUUUAAAUUCCACACACACCAGUAAUCACCUUUGUAAUUCAAAAAUGGAAUUGUCCAUCCUGUGAUGUUUAGGUGUGCCAUUGUGAUUUCAAGGGUGAAUCCAACUGAUCUCAAUCCAAUCCAUUGUGAUGCCAACAGAAAUGGAGACGGUUGAGGUACUAUGAAGGAUGUUCUCCCUAUGUCCAGGACUGUGAUUCAAAGGUAAAGUGUAAUGGAAUUAAUCUAUAAAUAGAUCAAAGAUGCACCUGCUGACCUUGUUAUCACUACAAAAAACCUUACACUGUGAUCAAAAGACCACAAGCACUGGAUGUAAUCGUGAUCCAUACUGGAUACAAAUUAAAUGGAUGGGAACUCUUCAAUGAAAGCCUCAAAUGGACGACGAAUUUAUUCGUAAGGGCUAAAUUCAAUUAAUCUAGCCAACAUCAACCAACUACAGGAAAUUGAAAAAUGAAACAAAACUUUCUAAAGCAGAAAGUUUGUGUAGUUGGAAAAGCGUAAUGGUAUUUUGAGUGAGAAUAAGUCUUUGACAAACUGAAUGGACCAUUACUAGUGCAAAAAUGGAGAACUGUGUGAUUCUGUAAUAGAAAACAUACAUGAAAUACUCAGUAUUUGAUCCAACAUGACGCACAGUGUAACAGAAUAGCCAAAGACCUAUGUUGACACUGUGUAUAAAAACCCAGGAUAUACAAAAAGGAACCAGGAUGUUGGAUCAAGUGUUGUAACCAUGGUUGCUUAGAGCACAAACAUUGGAGUUGUGACAACUCACUAUGGAACUCUUGUUCAGUGAUAUUGAUAGGAGAUGAAAGGUACAAGGACCAUUUUAGUAUGGCGUGAACUUGUAAAUGGAAAAUGAUGGCUUCCUAUGUAGGCAGAUGUCGAAGAAAGAAGGAGAAAAAAACAAGCUUUUAUGGGGACCACUAAAACUCUCGCCGUUAUCUUACCUUAGGACAGAUGUAUGAAAGUUCCUGGUAACAAGGCUUUUAACAGCUAUCAGUAGUGAGGUAGACAACAACAUGGAAGAUGUGAAGGAACUCAUUGUCAACUUUAAAAACAGGAAAUAUGAUUACUGAUGUUCAUGUGGGGAAUAUAUUACUAGUAUUAUCAGUGUUGAGUAAAUGUGGUCAUUAUAGAUUAAUCUACAUUGUGUAGUUCGUAUAUAAAUGGCCUCCUGUCUGUACCUAGGGUUACUAUGGAAACAAGAACAAUCGGUAUCCAAGUCAUACAAAAUGUACAUGUGGAUUACUCAGAAAAUUAAUGAUUUUUGCAUAAAUAAAUCACCACUUCUUGAGAUUGUAGUGUCUGUGCAUACAGUCAGGCCACCCUCUAAGAUAAAUUUUCAGCCAUAUAUAUAUAGGGAACGUUUCUGUUGAUGAUGGACUAUAUCCAAUGUCUUGGAUGUCACUACAGAAGGUUCCUGAAUCAAUCUAACAGUACUAUCCUCAUCCUUUCCACCUCUUGUGUUACUAUAACCUGAUGAUAAUCAUACAAGAUGGUACAGUAUCAUUUUCACCAAAAAGUAAGCGUUUUCCAUUGGCCAUGAUUGAAAUUCCAAUUUCUGCAGAGAAAUAAAUAAAUCUGCAGGUUAUAUUCCGCUCAAACCUUCCAGAUUGAUUAAUAUGUGGGUAAUUAUGUAAAUAAUCCCGACAAUUACUAACCAUUUUGUAAGCUUCCAAAUUUGUCUCUUAUACAACAAAAUAUAUUGAAAUAAAAUUCCUUGCUUGGGUGGAAAUGUUCCAAUAUGUCACUGUCAGCUAGUGCUUCAUGCUUCCUGCGGUUCACUGAAAACAACAAGUAACAUUUCAAAGAUUUAACUGUGGGUGGGAGAAUACGGGUGGAACUAGAGAUCAGUGAUCCUCAUGUGUGAUGUUAAAUGCUUCACUCAAGGUCGUCUGUCAGCUUCGUGACAAAUGCUGAGUAGCAUGGAGGUCAAAUUGGUGCGUUGCAUUGACUGCAGUACUGCCAAUCAACACUUCCUUUGGAGUUCAUUUUUUUGUCAUUUAUAAUUGAAUCAACUGCUGAGAUUGUUAAAGAAAAAUAUAUGCAAUCUUGUCCAAAUUGACAAAUUGUUAUAAGUAAUAGAGAUUUUUUUUUUUGUCUUUUUUUUUCUUUAAAAAAAAAUCAAUAACAUGUGCUGAAUGCACCUGUAGACCUGAAAUGUAAAUUAAUUGCUUUUAAUUAAAUUGGUAGUAUGCACCAAACAUGCCAGAGGAAGAAGUUAAUAGUGAUUUUUGUGGCAGUGUUUAAACAAAGAUGAAAAUCAAUACAUAUCCAAUGUUAAUCUUUUAAAUGAAUGCAAGUACAAACUUAAGUCUUUAGGUUACAUGUAUAAAGAUAUGUUUCCUUUUUUCUCGUUAAUGGGGUAACCAGGUUCAAUAAACAAUAUGAAAAUUGUGUAAAGAUAACAUGAAUUGUUUUGUAGUCUUAUACAAGCUCUGAGUCACUCACGGUAAUAUUAAACUUAAUUGUUUUAUUAAACAGAUUUAUAAUACAAUGUAUGGCUUGGAUAGAACCAAUAUCUCAGUAUAUAUAAGUUUAACAAAUAUUUGAAAUACUUUAUACUGGUUUUGUUAAACAAAAUUAUAACCUGUGAUGAAUUUAAACUAACAUUUGUAAUUUGUUAUUACUGGUCAAAACAUACUCGGUACUUCAUGAAUGAAUUUGAUGAGAUUUUUUGGUGUGUUCCUCACUGAAACUCCUGUCUGAGGUAUGUCUACAGAGGAUCCUUGUUAGUCAAGUUGUGAUUUGGUUUUUUUUUAUUCAGUCACUUCCUGUAUGCCUAUUUGAACACUGUUUGGAUUUGUGGAUAUUUUCUGAAUAUUCCUAUUUACCAAUAGACGCUUUAUAAUUACAUUUGUAAAUUAUUUUUUGGAUGUUAACAUUCAGACUCCUUCUGGAUGUAUUCAGGCAUUUCCUGGGUGUCAAUAUUCUGUCAUUAUUCUGCAUGUUGAUAUCCAAGAACAUUUAAUUUAGUUGUUUUAUUUAUGUUUUCCCUCAGAUAAUGGUUGAGAUCACAUCAAGACUUACAAGGUUCCUCUGUCAUUGUGUAGAAUAUAUGAGUAUGUAUAACCAUAUGUAAUGUUCCUUCACUGCUCAUGUGCCAUGAUAUUUAUACAAUGUUAUUUGACCACUCAUUCUGUUGCACUCGGUUGUGAAUUUGUAAAUAGUUUGACAAAUAACAAACUCCCAACAACAUGACCCUAUGUAUAUGUAUGUGUUUAUAAGACUUUUUUGUUUUAUAUAUAUUUCUCAUCCUGUAACAUAAUGACAAACCACAAGUCUUUUGUGGUUGGAUGUAUAUAUCAUACAGAAUUAUUUGUAUCAUCAAUAUGACCGUUAUGUAUGCUGAAUUUUAAUAGACAAAACCUGAGAACUAUAUUCAUACCAAUACCCCAAUGUCAUAUGUACCCACCUAUAAACUUACUGAAUUAGUAUUUAAAAUCAAAUCAAGGUCACAUGAUUGAAAUAUCUUUGAUUUCCUUUAGGUUGCUCACAUUCAUUUGUGGACCUUUCAACAAGCCAAUAUUUUAAAACAACACCUUUCAAGCUGGUUUUGGUGGACUAACUGGAUUUUGGAAAUAAAAAAGGAUAUUUUGUUAAUAAUCGAUAUCUAAGGUUAAUGAGGGUGAGCGUUGUGAGUUUCCCUCCAAAAUAGAAGUAUUAUUUUACUAGAGGACUUAUCAUUCAGGAAUCCUUGGUGUCUUUUAUCAUUUCACACGUCUUAAUUGUUUAAAAUCAAAAAUAGUAUUUACAGACAUGACACAAAUAUUCUCAAGUCCCACCUUCCAUCUUUCUAAAAAAAAAAAAAAAAAAAAAUUAAAAAUAGGUGUGCGAGUGGUAAAAGUGUAGAAUAUCUUAGAUUUCAGUCGGCAAUUCAUAAGUGAGUCAGAGUUGAGUCAAAUGAACUCCUGCUUUCAAUAGACUCAUAACAACAUCUGAUCAUGUUCGUGGAUCACUUGAUUAUAAACCCCCUUUCAACACCUUUCCCCAAAGCUGCCAUUUCAUUGGAAUGAUCAAAUUCAAAUUUAGCAUAACUACCAUAAUAAUGUAUAGAAGACGACCAUGUUUUUAAUGAAAGUGCUGAAUGCUGUUACUGGUGGUACAAGGGAAAUAUGACUUGAUGGUCCAGGUGGAGUCUUUUCUUCUUCUUUUUCCUCUUUUCAUUUUCUGUGAGUACUUAAUAUCAAUGCCAUGUCCCUAAAGACUUUCAUGAAAACUUCCAGUUUUGUAGAAGCUUUGCACAAAUAUUUUAUUUCUAUUUCCAAUUCCAAAACCUUGAUAUACUGAGCUGACUUGAUAUAUUGUUUAUACAAGGUUGUGUUAUCAUUGUCAUUUUUUUCAAAGUGACCAUGACCUUGAAAUGACCUUAAUAGAUAUUGAUAUGAUUACAUAUUGUGCCAUUUAGAUUUGUAUUACCUAUAUGUAUUUAUUAUUGAAGAUCUAGUCAGAGCACCAAAUGAUUUUACUGUAUUUUCUGUUUGUUACUGUGGUGUAGGUUUAGUAAUAUUAUUGAAUAGCCAGUUUGAUAUUUAUUUGUGUGUCAACUACAGAUUUAUCUCCUGUUAACUAUGAUGAAAGGGCACGACCCUGUAAAAAUAUGAAAAACAAAAACUACUCCAUAAGGUAUAGUGAUAUAAAUAAGGGGAGUAAUCCUGGAGGAAAAUGUCAGAAAGGGGAGAUUACUCUUUCAAAUAUUAUGUUUUCCUGUUAACGUUGUUAUUAUGUAUAUUGUAUUGGGGUAUAUUCUUAAUUGUAGGAAAUUGUUGCAUUAGAAAUUUUUAAUAAGAUUUAAGCAUUCUCCUGUUAAGUGAUAAAGGGAAGUAAUUGUAUGCGUAAGAAGGAGACAAAUAUAUGGAUCAAGAAUAUGUACAUUUCUACUCAUCUGGUGUGUUUAUUUGCUAGUCAUUAUUAUUGUCAAUACAACAGCUUUAAUUAUUUAGUCACUAUAAAUGCUGUAUAAGGUAUUAAGAUGCUAGUACAGGUCCGGACAUAUUGAUAGGAUUUGUACCACACGGUUGUGCUAAUUGAGAUCAUGUUACUGAUCUACUCAUUAUUACCACUAUAAAUGUUAUUUUUUAUCUAUCACGUACGUAUGUGUGGUGCAUGCAAGGAUGACAUGAAUAUCAAUUUGUAUGGCAUGAAAGUGGGAUUGUAAAGCUUGUGUACAUAGUAAUACCUAUAAAUAUAUAUAUAUAUACUGUCCCGGAGUAAUGUAUGCAGGAUGAGACUUAGAACCAGUGUAUUUGAAAACCUUUUGGCGUCAUUCCAUUUUUCACUUGUUAGUUAUUAUUUUGUACAAAUGGACAGAGCCCUGGUGGGCUCAAAAUAAGGGAGGUAACAAGUAUUGUUAAUGUGACUGUCGUACACAAGGGAGGUACCCAAUAUUGUGACUGUCGUACACAAGGGAGGUACCCAAUAUUGUGACUGUCGUACACAAGGGAGGUACCCAAUAAUGUGACUGUCGUACACAAGGGAGGUACCCAAUAAUGUGACUGUCGUACACAAGGGAGGUACCCAAUAUUGUGACUGUCGUACACAAGGGAGGUACCCAAUAAUGUGACUGUCGUACACAAGGGAGGUACCCAAUAUUGUGACUGUCGUACAUGUGUUGAUCAUCAGACUGUGGUAAAAAUUCUACAUUUUUUUAUAGGAAUAACUAUGAUCGGUGUAUUCUGUUUGAUUUUUAAUCCAACUUUUCAAACUAUGUUGAGUCUUCCUUUUAUUUUCCUGUUCUGUUCUUCAUUGCUUUCUUUGUGCCAAAUGUUGAAACUUUCUUUGGUCGUACCUGUCUGGAAUCACUCUAGCAUUGUGCCAUAUCUUUUGAAGUUCCCUGGCCGGGUCGUCUUGCUGCUGUAGAUACAGAGGGCACUGCUGCCGCGCACCACGUUGGCCGUCUUUCUGUUUAUGCAAGAAAAGCAAUAAUUUUUCCUUACAAACUUUUUCUUCUUCAUCCCUUUCUACUUUGUUUUUCACAAGGGAGUAGACUGAAUUUCAUAUUACCUUAUUCUUAAGAAACUACUAUCUUUAGUUAUUAUUUUAAUUUUAUAAGCAUUAUUUACAUGUAAGGUGCUGAAUUAAAGAUUUUAAACACGUUAUUUCAUUGAAGACAAUGCUAAUAUCAUUCAAUAAUUUGUGAUACUGUAAGCGUUUUGUUACGACGCAAUCAAUUUUAGUAUAUAACAUAAUUAAAAAAGAUAGAUUUAGAAAGCACAAUGAUUAAUUGACAGAGUAUUUUUCAUUGUGAACAGUUUAAAGUAUUUGUAAUUAACACAAUCAAAGUUUAACAGAAUGGGUUCAGUAUGAAAAGCACUAAAGAUAUUAGCAUGUUAAGAAAAUGUUAACAAUACAAUGAAUUGAGAAAAAAUUCAUUCAUUAUCAUUUUAUGUUUAAGUGAUAAAGCUAUUGACUUUAAACCAUUACAGGUCAUAGUACAGUAUUCUCAAAAGCAGUAUAGCAAUAUAUAAUGAUCCUCAAAAACUACUUCUCAUGAAAUGUCCCUUCCGAUUUGUUGUAAGUCAGCUGGUUGAGACCAGGGAUACUUUGUUACUAUAGAGGAUUUGGUUUGUAGUGUUUUAUCUAUGUUAAAGGAGUCCUGUGUUGUCUGUUAUGUUUGAAUUCAAGUCAUUAUUGUUAAUCAUACAACUAUUGUAGAACUGCAAUCAAAAUUUGUUUGUAAAUAGGUAAGCAUUUUGAUUGUUUAAAUUCAGUUUUACAGAAUCAUAUGGUCGAAGUAUGCUCAAACAGGCAUGGCAAGACAUGGCACGAUCAUUCUAGGGGUAAAUAGAACAAUGUUGUGUUUAAAAAGACAGGAUUUUAAUAUAUCAAACACAAGAUAAUGGUCAGUGAAAUAUGAUAAAGAAUAAAACCAACAGAUUAGGGCAUUCAAACACCAAUACAGUACAGCUAUUCCACAGUCAUCAUUUAACAAAGAUAUACUACUGGUAAAUAGGGUAAAAUAUUCCUACUUUGACUUACACCAGCCGACCAAGGUCAUACUUUAAUGGUAUAAUUAAAUCUAACAGUGACACCAGUUAAAUUACUAUUUAAUACCAGAAAAAAAACAUUCAUAAUUCAAUGAUGCAGCACGGGCAGAAAAAAAAACAUAUUUAAAAAAUGUUUUAACAUAUUUUUUUGGUAUGAAUACAUUAAUACUUUAAAAAGGUACCAACAUACCUAGGUUGAGUACAUGUAUACACUAUCUACUGCUUCAGUAUGUCAGCAUUCAUUGUUUCAGCAAAUGAGCGCUAGCAUUUCUGUAUUUCUUAUAUCUUGAUAUCUAAAGCUUCCUGUCUGAGAAAUAAUUACCCAAACGUUGCCAAUAACUCUAAUUUAUACUUGAACCCUAUUGAUUGUGUGUUUGAACUGGCACCAGAAUUCAUUACAUUCUCCUGAAACUUGACUUCUUCCAAAUGAUAUGAGUCAUAAUCGAACCAUUUUAGAUUCAUGAGAACUAGAAUGCUUUUCAUUAAAAUAACACCUUGGAAUCAUGUAUUUUGAAUUAUUAGAGCAACCGUUGAGAGUAGAUGGCCCUUUUGUGGAUUGCGCUUCUGUGCCAAGAAGAUAUCCCAUCCUGAACUGGUCCUCUGGCAUUAAUUAGGGUAGAGUUAUUCAUGGCUGAGGAAGAGAAAUAAACUUCCACACGACAGUACACAAGAGAUCUGUUACCUUUUACCUUCACAGUUUUAAAUCAACUUAAUGAUAAAAACCCCAUCCUGAUUGUUUAAAUGAUGAUUGUUUAAAUGAUUCUUCUGUAAAAAUCAGAGCCAAUUUAUCUAUGAUGUAUUGGAAUAUUGUUUAUUUAAAAAACAGAGGAUCAUUUGGAAAAGGAAAGUUUUACAUUCAGUCCUAUUUAUAUUUAUAUAUACACAAUGUAUAUAGUAUGGAGGGCUAUUUCAAUUUAACCACUAAAAUAAACUGUAAUUAUUUCUAUUGUGGACUCCAUGCUCAGUGGUGCCAAUGACAAGAUUAAUUGAUUGUCCUUGUCAUUUAAUAUUUACUGUUCAUAAAAUUACACUUGUUCCUACUUUGUUAACUACUUACAAAAGUAAUCCAUCAUAAAUAAUUUCCAAUUGAGCAUUUUGAAAUUUUAUAGUGAAUGUAAAAAAUAAAAAAUCUACUCUCAAAAUUCCUUGUUCACCAACAAAUGCCUUGUGGAAUGAUUUGUGUCUAUAUUAACUUCCAAAAGGAAUGAUGUCAUCACAUAUAAUCUCUACUGUAUAUCACAUCACUUUAUUUUACUUCACAUUGUUAUUUAAAGCAGUAGUGUGAUGAACGUCAAAUUUAUAUAAUUAUAUAAAAAAAAAAAAGGUCCUGAUGGUGUAUACCCUUUACUAGGCCCUGCUCAUGCAUAUCUUACCUCAGUGAUUCCGGUGAGGCCCGUUUACAAACCAUAGCGUACCUGUAUUACCUGAUUGAUGUCGUGUCACCUGUAUGAUGACAUUUGACCAUAUAAGCUUAAUCUAGAUCUAUUAUACCAGUUCCAAGUGGUGUUAAAUUUCCUGGACGAUGUCCAUAGGAUGUCAGUUUUGUAUGACGUCACACGUAUGAGGUUGGCGUUACCUAUAUGACCUGUAUGGUGUUACCUAUAUGUUCUGUAGCUGUUCUUUUUGUUUGUUACCUGUGUUUUGCCUGGCGUCAUUCUGUAUGUACACCCCUUGGUUGUCAGUAGACCAGAGGUAUACUCAUCGCGUCUCACAAGGUCUCACAAACAACGCAAUCCUUGUAAUGUACAUUUUCAUUGGUUAAUAUCACAUUGUAUAUUUUAUCAUGUCACAAAUUUGAAUAAAUUAAAUUGCUCAUAAAAUAUCUCA